CCUCGCUAGCGCCAGAGCAAAACUUUAGCGUAACCAGAUACAAUUUUUCUUGCGCUCUCCCCCCCCCAACACGCGCACCUGCCUGGCUGCUCUGUACACUUCCAGCCAACCUAUUCGACACCAGAUCAAGAUGGCGGUUGUCGUGGCCAAGGAAGAGAUGGACUACACCAUUAAGCCAGAGGCCAGCGCGGCCAACAUUUCCACCGCGGAUUGGCCGCUUCUGCUGAAAAAUUAUGAACAGCUUCUUGUCAGGACGGCUCAUUUCACCCCAAUUCCCGCCGGUUGCUCUCCUCUCAAGCGUGACUUGAAAUCGUACAUCAACUCCGGUGUGAUCAACCUGGACAAGCCCUCCAACCCUUCCAGCCACGAAGUUGUGGCUUGGAUGAAGAGGAUCCUGAGGGCGGAAAAGACCGGCCACAGUGGUACUCUCGAUCCCAAGGUCACCGGUUGUUUAAUCGUGUGUAUCGACCGCGCGACCCGUCUGGUUAAAUCUCAACAAGGUGCCGGAAAGGAGUACGUCUGCGUGAUUCGCUUGCACGACAAGAUCCCCGGCGGCGAGGCCCAGUUCCGACGGGCCCUUGAGACCUUGACCGGUGCGCUUUUCCAGCGCCCGCCUUUGAUCUCUGCCGUCAAGCGUCAGCUCCGUAUCAGAACCAUCCACGAGAGCAAGCUUUAUGAGUUCGAUAACGAAAGGCACCUUGGCGUCUUCUGGGUCAGCUGUGAAGCCGGAACGUACAUCCGAACUCUCUGCGUUCACCUGGGUCUUCUCCUGGGUGUCGGUGCCCACAUGCAAGAGCUCCGCCGUGUGCGCAGUGGAGCUAUGGACGAGAACAACGGCCUGGUCACCCUGCACGACGUUCUGGAUGCCCAGUGGCUGUACGACAACCAGCGUGACGAAUCUUACCUGCGAAAGGUCAUUCGUCCUCUCGAAUCCCUUCUCACGACCUACAAGCGUAUCGUUGUCAAGGACAGCGCCGUCAACGCCGUGUGCUAUGGUGCUAAGCUCAUGAUUCCCGGUCUUCUGCGUUUUGAGGCUGGUAUCGACGUCAACGAGGAGGUUGUGCUCAUGACCACGAAGGGUGAGGCUAUCGCCAUCGGUAUCUCCCAGAUGUCGACGGUUGAACUCUCGACCUGUGACCACGGUGUUGUGGCCAAGGUCAAGCGUUGCAUCAUGGAACGUGAUCUCUACCCCCGCAGAUGGGGUCUGGGUCCCGUUGCUUUGGAGAAGAAGAAGCUCAAGUCGGCCGGAAAACUUGACAAAUACGGACGUACCAACGAGGCUACCCCUGCCAAGUGGAAGAGUGACUACAAGGACUACAGUGCACCUGAUGCCGAGUCCGCGCAGCCGGCCGCCGAGGCUCCCAAGGCCGAGGUGACUGCCGCACCCGCUGAAGCUGCCGAACCGCCCUCAUCCCCGAACAAGAUGGAAGUUGACGAAGACAAGGAUGAUGAUGACAAGAAGAAACGCAAGCGCCACGACGGUGAGACGCCAGAGGAGCGAGCCGAGCGUAAGCGCAAGAAGAAGGAGAAAAAGGAGAAGAAGGAGCGACGAAAGUCCAAGCAGGACAAGGACGAUAGCGAUGACAGUGACUAAACAGUCAACAUCUUCAGGAAGUCCCUUGACUGGCUCUGAUUGAGAGUUGUUUCUUCCGGCGUGCUUGUGUAGUCAAAACGGUGCUGUCGGAGCUUCACUUGGGGGCGUGUUCCUGUAAUAUACUUGCCGUAUUUUCUUUCUAUCGUGUUUGUUUUUGAUCUUUUUCGGAGUCCUGGGUUGAAAAGGUGAAUUGAAUUACACAACUAGUCGCUUGUUGUCAUACUACAUCAUUAUAUAUGAUUGAUUGAAUC